AUGGCCACCCCAAAGGAGCCAGGUCGUCAGUUCUCUUUUGGCACUUCGGCGCACCGAAGGAGGCAGAUGAGCACUAUGCACGAGCAGGGCAAUCAUUUUGGCCCAGCUCUUACUACUCUCUAUUGUGGUAUCUCGGCCGUCUUUGCUGACUCCCACACCGCCGUUAUCGCCCUGGCAAUCCACGACACCGUCUACCUGGUCGACUUCACGGUCAAGUACGUCAAUCUUGACGACGCCACACAAACGGGCAACGACGCCAUUGCCGACUAUGUCAUCAACACCCUCGAGGAUUACGAACAUGCAAACUUCGCCAAGUUCAUCGGUGCCGGUCUUCCUAUGACCCUCAAAUACAUGAGCCAGAAUCUGUGCUCUCGUCUCUGGCUGGACCUUGACAUCGUUCCUGUUGUCUUGCGCCCCGAUGACGAACAGAAGGAGAAGAGUUUCUGGGACAUCAAGCGCGUUGACGAGCAAGCCGACUCGAUGGCUCGCAAGUGCAUCAUGAACUUUGGUCCCUCACUAGUUCCGCUGCUCCAAGUUGGCUGGAGAGGCGUUGUCCAGACUGACGCUGGAUUCCGCGUGCAGCUCAACACGGUUCAGAACCACAAGGACACAUGCGGCGCCUCGACCUGGGAUGCCACUAUGUUCUAUGCCAAGAAGCUUCGCGAGAACAAGAUAAAGGUCGCCUUCUUCAGUAGUACCCCGCAGGGAGGUGGUGUCGCCUUGAUGCGGCACGCCCUCGUCCGGUUUGCGCGUCUCAUUGGCGUUGAUCUGACUUGGUAUGUGCCCAAGCCCAGGCCCGGCGUCUUCAGGGUCACCAAGAACAUCCACAAUAUUCUCCAGGGAGUCAGCCAUCCAGAUCAGCGCGUCUCGGCCGAGGAGAAGCAGUCCAUUAUUGAUUGGAUCACGGACAAUGCCAACCGCUACUGGCUUUCAGAGGGAGGCCCUCUGCGACCUCCGGAAGAGGGUGGUGCCGACGUGGUCAUGAUUGACGACCCGCAGAUGCCCGGCUUGAUCCCACUAAUCAAGAAGAUGACACCCGACCGGCCCGUCCUUUACAGAUCCCAUAUCCAGAUCCGUAGUGACUUGACUGCAAAAGCCGGGUCCCCCCAGGAAGACAUCUGGCGCUUCUUGUGGAGCAAUAUUCAGCAUGCCGACAUGUUUAUCAGCCAUCCCAUCCCCAUGUUCGUGCCAAACACGGUGCCUCGGGAGAAGGUGGUAUACCUCCCAGCUACCACGGAUUGGCUGGAUGGCUUGAACAAGCAUUUGAACAAGUGGGACACGGGCUACUACGGACACAUCUACAACACCGCCUGCCGCAACCAGGGAAUGACGGAGCUUCUGUGGCCAGCCCGCAAGUACAUCAUUCAGGUGGCUCGCUUCGACCCUUCCAAGGGCAUCCCUACCGUGAUUGACUCUUACGCCGAGUUUCGGCGUCUGAUGGACGAAAAGGGAGAGACUGAGAUCCCGCAGCUUGUCGUCUGCGGCAAUGGCUCUAUCGACGAUCCUGAUGCCAGUUUGAUCUAUGACCAGACAAUGAACCAGCUCGAGAAGCACUACCCUCAUCUGAUCAAUGACUGCAGCAUCAUGCGCCUCGAUCCCAACGAUCAGGUUCUCAACACGGUCAUCGCUAAUGCCCACGUUGUCCUGCAGCUUUCCACCCGCGAAGGCUUCGAGGUCAAGGUCUCGGAGGCUUUGCACGCCGGCCGGCCUGUCAUUGCCACCCGUGCAGGUGGCAUUCCCCUCCAGGUCAAGGACAAUGUCAAUGGCUUCUUGGUUGAGCCCGGCGACUACAAGGCCGUGGCAGGUCACCUUGUAGACCUCUUCACCGACAACGAGUUGCACAAGAAGAUGAGUCACGCUGCUGCCACGGGCGUGAGCGAUGAGGUGGGUACAGUCGGAAACGCACUGGGCUGGUUCUACCUUGCCGCCAAAUGGGCCGAAGUGGGUGUCAGGCCUGGGCUGCGCGGUGAUGAGCGCUGGGUUAACGACAUGGCCCGAGAGGAAGCCGGCAAACCGUACAGGGAGGGGGAGAACCGUCUGCCACGGCAAUUUACGCAAAAGAAGGACAUUGCCGUCAUCUCUGGAAAUGCUAAUGACCAGGACGGCGAGAAGGGUCAGUAG